GUACCCAUAACUUUUCUAGUAUGAUACACAUUUUUGAUCACACUCUCUUAGAUAAACCGAUUUGUAAAGUUAACUACAAAGCUAAGCCGACAAUUCCAUCACAAAUAAGCCGACAGUGAUUUCUUUGGUGCGGUUCUUGGGUAGAUUAUUACGUUAUGCAUUGUGCGAGGGAUUAGUGUGAGUGCACCGAUAUGCAGUAAAGGACUAAAGGAGUUUAUUAUUAAUUUGUCAUGUGGCACAAAUGGAUAAGAGCAACCACUUAGGAGCCGGCUGGAAACGCAGAAAUGCCAAGGCCACCUCGUGAGACAUACGGGGAUCAGAAACCACCAUACUCGUACAUAUCUCUAACAGCUAUGGCUAUUUGGAGCUCUCCGGAAAAAAUGCUACCCUUAUCGGAAAUCUACAGGUUUAUAACCGAUCGUUUUCCGUACUACCGCAGGAACACUCAGAGAUGGCAGAACUCCCUGAGGCACAACCUCUCCUUCAAUGACUGCUUCAUCAAGAUCCCUCGCAGACCCGAUCGUCCUGGUAAAGGCGCCUUCUGGGCUCUCCACCCCUCCGCUUUGGAUAUGUUCGAGAACGGAAGCUUCCUGAGGCGGCGGAAGCGGUUCAAGCUACCUAAACACGUCCACGAGGAGUUGGACAGCCUCUCCAAACUCAAUAGUUCCUUCAUGUCUGGCCAGACCGUCAGCCCGAAUUCCUCUUCUUGUGUGACGAAUGUUCCUCCUAUAGUGUGUCCGGCUACCGCGGAGCCGCUCUCUCUGCCCCCGAUUACCCCCAUCACCACCACCACCCCCGCGAAGUCCUUCAGCAUCGACAGCAUCAUCAGCGAGACCAAAACCCAGCCAACGCCGCCUCAGGUUCCGGCGAUUCCGCCCAUGCAGACCCUCCCGAAUUUCUCCUGGGUCAACAUGAUGACUCCCUCGACCUCCCAGAACGAGAUGCAGAGCAGGGAUGACCUUCUCAUUGCCCAGCAGGCGGCGUUCUUUGAGUACGCAGCCGCUAUUUUUUCUAUAAAUGCCACGACCAACGCGAAAAGGGCCACCGGAGUCAUUCGGCCCUUGCCCAUAAUGCCCAGCGCUUUGUACCCAGCAUGCCACGUACCAGUACCAGUGCAAUAUUCGUUCUGCAUGCCCAAUGUGCGUAACGUAGAAUAUGAGACUGAACAUGAAUGUGAUAGGACCGUGGAUAAGAGUAUCUCGAAUUACCUUAUCCCACAGAAUGGACCGGAGGACAACAUUGAGAUAUCAUCGUCGUCGUCGGAAGAAGCCACCAACGUGUAAAUAUUUGUUGUGUAUAACUGUGUUAAUGUAUUUAAGUUCUUAGACAUUUAAAUAAAAGUUGA